AUGGCAUCUCUGAGCCAGCUGAGUGGCCACAUCAACUCCUCCUGCUGGGCAGAGAACUCCACAGGUGACAGCAGGACCCACCCGCACUCCUACUAUGCCCUGUCCUACUGCGUGCUCAUCCUGGCCAUCGUCUUCGGCAAUGGCCUGGUGUGUGUGGCCGUGCUGAGGGAACGGGCCCUGCAGACCACCACCAACUACUUGGUAGUGAGCCUGGCCGUGGCAGACCUAUUGGUGGCCACCCUGGUGAUGCCCUGGGUGGUGUACCUGGAGGUGACAGGCGGCGUCUGGAAUUUCAGCCGCGUCUGCUGCGAUGUUUUCGUCACCCUGGAUGUCAUGAUGUGUACAGCCAGCAUCCUGAACCUCUGUGCCAUCAGCAUCGACAGGUACACUGCAGUGGUCAUGCCGGUUCACUACCAACAUGGCACUGGACAGAGCUCCUGUCGGCGUGUGGCCCUCAUGAUUACAGCCGUCUGGGUACUGUCCUUUGCUGUGUCUUGCCCUCUCCUCUUUGGCUUCAACACCACAGGGGACCCCAGCGUCUGCUCCAUCUCCAACCCUGAUUUUGUCAUCUACUCUUCAGUAGUGUCCUUCUACCUGCCCUUUGGAGUGACUGUCCUCGUCUAUGCCAGGAUCUAUGUGGUAUUGAGACAGAGGAGACGGAAACGGAUCCUCACUCGACAGAACAGCCAGUGCAUCAGUGUCAGACCCGGCUUCCCUCAACAAUCUUCCUGUCUAAGGCUGCACCCCAUUCGGCAGUUUUCAUUAAGGGCCAGAUUUCCAUCAGAUGCCACAGGGAAAAUGGAACAUUCAGAAAAUAAACAAUAUCCCCAGAAAUGUCAGGACCCUCUCUUGUCGCACCUGCAGCCCCUGUCCCCUGGCCGGGCACACAUGGAGCUGAAGCGCUACUAUAGCAUCUGCCAAGAUACUGCCUUGGGGAGACCAGGCUUUCAAGAAGGAGGAGGAGAGCUGAAAAAGGAGGGGAGGACUCGGAACUCCCUCAGCCCCACCAUGGCCCCCAAGCUCAGCUUAGAGGUUCGAAAACUCAGUAACGGCAGGUUAUCGACAUCCCUGAAGCUGGGGCCACUGCAACCUAGGGGAGUGCCCCUUCGGGAGAAGAAGGCAACCCAGAUGCUGGUCAUUGUGCUUGGGACCUUCAUUGUCUGCUGGCUGCCAUUCUUCUUGACCCACGUUCUCAAUACCCACUGCGAAGCAUGCCACGUGUCCCCAAGGCUUUACAGUGCCACAACAUGGCUGGGGUACAUGAAUAGCGCCCUCAACCCUGUGAUCUAUACCACCUUCAAUGUCGAGUUCCGCAAAGCCUUCCUCAAGAUCCUGUCUUGCUGA